UACUGAAAUAAAUGAAUGCAUUUGGUAUUAAAAACAAUAGAUUUCAAUAGAAGGCAGCACAUAAAAUAAUAGAUACAGAUGAAUAGCAAAAUAAUACAGAAAUACAAUAACAAAAUAAAAUUUCAUAAUAAAUCUAAAAUCAAUCCGAUAAAUAACAAAACAGAGAGGAAUCAACUACAUUUAUUGGUCCAACUACUCCAAUAUCAGAAUUACAUGUGCCUAUUUUUGAACCAGCAAAAUUUAUUAAUGAUAUUACACGUAAAAAAUUAUGAAUAACCAAAUUAUUACAAAAAUUACGUUCUUAUUGAAACAUAAAUUACCCACAACCAUUCAUGCAAUCAUACUUUCUACAAUAAUUUCUGCCAAUUUUCUU